AUGGCGACAUUCGCGAAGACAACGUUUGACGCGGCGCGGUAUGCAGCAGCGCGUCCGACAUACCCUCUGCAACUCUACAACUUCCUCUUCGACUUCCAUGGCCGCUCGCCGCGCGCACGAUGGGACACUGCGCUGGAUCUCGGCUGUGGUACAGGUCAGGCGACAUUUGCGCUCACACCCUACAAACGUAUCAUCGGCGCGGAUCCUUCCCCUCGCAUGAUCGCACAGGCCUCCGCCCUCCUCGCCGACCCUGGAGCCUCUAACGCGGCUCUUCCGCCCGAUGUGGAUGUCGCGAUUGUGCACGCAAUGAAGGACCGCGUUAGCUUCGUGCAGAGCAAAGCGGAGGAGCUCGGAUGGCUGGAAGACGGCAGUGUCGACAUGGUUGUCGCAGCCCAAGCCGCGCAUUGGUUUGACUGGACGCGCCUCUGGCCUGAGGUGGCCCGCAUUGUGCGCCCCGGUGGGAGUCUCGCUAUUUGGGGCUACUCAGAGUUCCGCCUAGCAAAUCAUCCGUCCUGCACACCACUCAUUCACGCGUACGCACAGGGUUCUGACCCACGUACGAGUCUCGGGCCGCACUGGGAACGCCCUGGGCGCACGAUCGUCGACGAUCACCUGCAGCCCAUCCCCGACCCGCGCGACGUUUGUGAAACAGGAACCUGGGAGACCUGCGAGCGUAUUUACUUUGUCGGCGCACACUAUCCACACCUCCCGAAUCCGCGCCCAGUACUACUGCGCAAGCGCACGACGUGGGGCGGGGUGCUCUCAUAUCUGCGCACGUUCUCGGCGCUGCAUGCGUUUCACGAGCAGUUCCCAGAGGACAAGGUGGACCCGCGCGGAGACAUCGCGGUGCGCUUCUGGGAGCAGUUGCGCGCACAGGUUGCAGAGGACAAGCGCGCGCUAGGGAAGACGGGGAGAGCGGAUGACGGUGAUAUGGAGGGGGUGGACGAGGAAAUUGAGAUUGAGUGGCCGAUGGCUGUAGUCCUUGCGCAGAGGGCUUUGUGA